UAGCUAGAGAUGCAUACGUCAAAAAUAUCACUCUUAGAGUCUUAAAGGGUUGAAACUUAUUCUUACAGAAAUCUUGGUAUCAGUGUGGCCACAUUCAAAGAUAAUAAAAAUGAACAAAUAUGACAAUCUGGUCAUCGAAUGGAAAUCUAGGCAAAUCUUUAGCAACACGUAAAUAUCGGGAAUUCCCCAUGACGACUCGUCCAAGACGGACUAUUUCGGUUUCAUCUUUAUAGAUCUAUAUCACUUGAACCAUAGACCAAAUCUACAUUAUAUUCUAUCUCUAGAUUUAGAAUCUAGAUAUCAAGAAAAAAAGAGAUGGAUGAAGAUUUGUAUAAUAGGUUGGCCAGUAUUUUUGGCAUUGGCCACAGUUCAUCGAUGCCACACAAUGUAGAUUCUUUAAGUUUGACUUCUGAUAAAGUGAAGCUUCUAAAAACUACAUUAGAAACUACACAAGAACUCACUGGAAAAAACCCUGUAUUGGAAACACCUGACUUGGCCAGUCAAAGUCUAACUCAAAAGUCAAGAUACAAUCAAGAAGAGUUCAACAGAACAAACAAAUUUUUGUACAAAGAAUUUCAAAAAACAUCUAAUUCUGAGGACUAUAAUAAAAUGCAGAAAGAAAGAAGUAAACUUCCUUCAUGGGAGAUGAGAGCUGUAAUAACUGCUGCUCUGGAAAUGUACAAUGUUAUAAUAGUUUGUGGAAUGACUGGGUGUGGUAAAACAACACAGGUUCCGCAGUUUAUCCUCGAUGAUGCCUUACGUAGUGAACAUUUCAAUGUCAAUAUAGUUUGCACUCAGCCACGUCGAAUAUCGGCAAUAUCUGUAGCAGAAAGAGUUGCACAGGAAAGAGGUGAAGUUCCUGGUAAAAUUGUGGGAUAUCAGAUCAGACUUGAUGGAGAAGUGUCUAACCUGACUAGGCUGUUGUUCUGUACCACUGGCAUAGUCUUGCGUCGACUGGAAAGUGAUCCAGAUUUGGAGGGAGUCACGCAUAUCAUUGUGGACGAAGUACAUGAACGUUCUGAGCAAAGUGAUUUUCUUCUGCUGGUAUUGAAGAAAUUACUUGUUCGUCGGCCAGAUUUAAGAGUGAUUUUAAUGAGUGCAACAAUAGAUGCUCAACUGUUUUCUGAAUACUUUAGCAAUUGUCCUGUCAUAGAAAUACCUGGUAAGCAAUAUUCUGUCAAACAGUUUUUCUUGGAAGACAUUCUAGAAAAGACAAAUUAUGUUUUAGAAAUGAGAUCAGACUACCGUAGAAAUGAGGUGAGACAUGGGAACUACUAUAUGUCACAAGGAGAUAUCUCUUCAUUUGAAUUGAUUCCUGAUGCCAAAUUAGAUGAAAGACAUCUAAAGAUUAGAUACCCAACAUGCUCUCGGUUAACUCUCUCUACACUGGCCAGUAUGGACAUGGACAAAAUAAAUUUUGACUUACUAGUCCAGUUAUUGGAGUGGAUUGUUACACAUGAUCACAAAGAUAUACCUAAAGAAGGGGCCAUACUAGUAUUUCUUCCUGGGCUGCAAGAGAUCCAGACCACUUAUGACUUACUCCAAACAGCUCCAGAGUUUUCCAGAAAUAAAGAAAAGUAUGCCAUCAUUCCAAUACACUCCACAUUCACAACGGAAGAGCAGAAAUUAGUAUUUUUAAUUCCACAGAGAGGAAUAAGAAAGAUAGUUCUGGCCACCAAUAUUGCUGAGACGUCAAUUACUAUCAAUGAUGUUGUAUUUGUGGUGGAUACAGGCAUGAUGAAGGAGAUGAGGUAUGACCCAGUGAAAAGCAUGCAAUCCUUGGACAUGAUCCGGGUGUCAAAGACGAAUGUAGUCCAGAGAAUGGGGCGGGCUGGAAGAGUUCAGGAAGGUGUCAGCUUUCAUAUGUUCACGUCACAUGUGUACGAGUAUGAGAUGAGUAAACAACCUGUACCAGAAAUACAAAGAAACUGUUUGGAGCAAAUUGUCAUCAGAACCAAGAUCUUGCCAAUAUUCAAGAAAUAUGAAGUCGAGAAUAUAUUGGCUCAACUGGUAAAUCCUCCCUCUAAAGAUAGCAUCAUCGAAGCUUUGGAGCAUUUGAUACAUCUUGGUGCUUUAGAUGCUCAAAUGAAACUGACAGCCUUAGGCUACCAUGUGGGUUCUUUGCCUGUGGAUGUCAGGAUAGGUAAGCUGAUGUUGUAUGGUGUCAUCUUCAGAUGUUUGGAUUCCACAUUAACCAUUGCAGCCACUCUCAGCUUUAAAUCACCAUUUUUCAGUCCAUUUAAAAAGAAGGAAGAAGCUACAGAAAAGAAGAAAGAGUUUGAAACAAACAAUUCUGAUAUUUUGACGAUGCUUAAAGCUUAUCAGGAAUGGCUGGAGUCUAGAGAAAAGGGAGUUUACAACUUUUGUAGGGAUAACUUUUUGUCCUAUAAAACUUUAGAGAUGCUGUCAACUUUGAAACAGCAGUAUGUUGAAAUUCUUUCUGACAUUGGCUUUAUAUCAAAAGGCAUCAAGUUAGCACAUGUUCAAUAUCUAGCUUCACAUGGUUCUGAUGGAGUGGCUGAAAUUACUGGACCUGAGGUGAAUGUCAACAAUUCAAAUAUGGAGCUGCUUUCUUCUUUGUUGGUUGCUGCCCUUUACCCAAAUAUUAUCAAAACUAUUCCAGCAGAACUAAGUUUGUUUGGAUCUUCUAGAGUCAAAAGAAAAAGAUACACAACUAUAAAGGGAGAAUUAGUUGAUCUUCAUCCAGGCUCUAUAAAUUUUAAAAAGGAUUUUGAUGUCGGAUCAUUUUUAGUUUACCAUGAAAAAGUCAAAACCAAAAAGGUCUACAUUCGAGACUGUUCACUGGUGUCAAAACUUUCCCUGCUUAUGUUUGGUGGUGGAGAAAUUUCUGUUGAAGAGAGCUUUGGUGACAUCAUUGUGAAAAUUAACAAAAUGAUCCAGUUUAAAAUGAGAAAUGCUGAGAUUGCACUUUCACUGCAGGCUCUCAGAUCUAAACUGGACCAACUUUUAUCUGAUAAAAUUUCUCAACCUGAUUUGGAUUUGAUCCGGUGUUCUAGCAGUGAAAAAAUUAUCAACUGCAUAGUCGAUCUACUAUCUGACGACUGAAAGCUUUGGCCCUACCUCUUAUUGUCAUCUUCAGCUUGACCUGUCAUUGACCUACUUGUGUCACCACCAGAAACAUCUCAUACUCAUGAAUUCAGUUCCUAAGUCAUUUAAUAGUUAUUACAUCACUGUCUCAUUUCUUAGUGGUUUAUUUUAUAUUUAUUUUCGUUGGUUGGAGAGGGGAGAGAGGAGAAUAGUUGAAACCUGAAACUUGUUUGCUAGUGAGUGUCUCAACACUAAUCAUUUCUUUCGCAUUCCUUUUUUAGUUUUUAGCAUGUUAAAAGUAGCUUGACCUCUGAACUGUGAGUCUUAACUUGUAGUGAAGUAAUGGAUCACAAAAUUCUCUAUCAGUUCAUUAGUUUGAAGUUUCCUGUAAAUACCUCUACUGGUUGAGGAGGUCAUAUAGUGAACAGAGUUAACGCAGGUGUGAUUUUUUCAAAGUUAAUUCACAUUCUUUUGGUCAUGAUCACACAUGAUGACACUUAAUGGUUGUUCUGGUUUACCAGAAAUGUCUUCCUUUUUUCAGGUCCUGCCCUCCCUCCUGCAGGCAUGAGCCUAAAAUGUGUAUAAAUGUCCAUCUUUUAUUCUUUUGUCUACUGAAAUGACCCAUUUAGCAACAAUGGAAGUCAAUUUGUUUAUAUCAUCUGGUUAAAACUGGUUUAUGACACACAAGCAGACAUUAAAAUUAUGUAUAGUCAUGCCAACUGUACUUCAAGGAAUCUAAACGAUAUAUAUAUAUAUAUAUAAUCUUCUGACUCAAAGACAAGCCUUAAUAUUAUUAUUAUAAAGAUGUUUAGUUGUUGAACCAGAUCUGCAUCUUGAAAACAUUAGAAUCAAAGAAAGAUGACUCUUUGCUUUUUUUUUUUUUUUUUUAAACCUCCAUCAUGAAGAGUGUUGCUCUUUUAAAUCUUCAAGGUUGUUUAUGUGAUUCAUUUUAGUUUUCAAGAUCUGUGAAUUUUUCUUUUCAUAAAGCAUUUUUGCUGAUCAAAAACAAAGUGGAUAAAUGAGAUGCACUCUCGUUGACAAAGUCAGAGACAUUUUUCUCACAAAUAACAAGCAACUAUCUCCAGAAAAUGUAGCUUUGUCCAAGAAAAAUAUUUUUCAUCCUUAAAUUUACUCAGAAUCAGAUUGUAACCUAACCCUAAACCUAACCCUAACGUUUUUAACAGUUUUCUAUAUAUUUAUGUUUUUGUAAAGCUCUGUCCUCUUUUUUGUCCUUUUUGGGUUUGGAGUUGUAAGGUAACUUUGAUCAAAAAUCAAUUUUGUCUGUUUCUCUUUAUUCCAUGCAUGAUCUGUAGUUGUAGAAUUGCUUAAUUAAAACUAUAAGAUUUCAUAGACGAUGUGAUAUUUUGCUAAAAGAAUUUGAUUUAUUUAGUAAACUUUGUGAUAUGUACUUAGAGAGUUGAAUAAUUCAGUAGAGGAGCUAUGGGUGAAACUCAAGCUCACUUUUUUAUUUAUAAUUUUUAUGCAACUUAUUUUUAUGAUGAAUUUUGUAAUAAUCUGAUUUUAAACUUUAAAAUAAAAAAAAAUAAUUUUAAAAAA